UAUUAUACAAGAUGACAAGCUAGUGAGCGACAGUUAAGCGCCACUCUCCGCCAUGAAGGCUGCAUUGGUGUUGGUGUUGGAGUUACUACUGCUGGCCAUCUCCCCGGCCUGGGCCUUAAGCCUGUUUGGGGCGAAGUUGCUGAGGGUGGUGCCAGAAAAGCACGAUCAGCUUCUACAUCUACGCAAAAUGCUCGUUGAGUCUCCAUAUGAUUUCUGGAGGGAACCUCGCAAAAUAGGCUUGCCCGUGGAUAUUAUGGUCACAAUCUCCCAGCUGCCUAAAAUUAUAUACGAUCUGACGAGCCAGGGUCUCAUGGCGGAGGAGAUGAUCAAAGAUGUUGGCCAGAUGAUCGUAGAGAGAGUUUCAAUAUACUCGCGAGGACCCCGAGCCAUGGACUGGGAAGACUUCCAUGACUACACCACGAUCAUCCAGUGGCUAAACUCACUGGUCAAAGACUACCCUGACCUAUGCACUCUGGAGGAUGUGGGCAAAUCUUACGAGGAUCGUGCCAUAAAGCUGUUAAAGGUGGGAAAGGGCGGUGCAGACAAGCCAGUGGUCUUCGUUGAAUCAGGCAUGCACGCGCGUGAGUGGAUUGCUCCAGCCACCGUCACCUACAUGAUCAACAAGCUUGUCACCAAUAGCACUGAGUAUGAAAACUUACUGUCCCAAGUGAACUUCUACUUCAUGCCAGUCACCAACCCUGAUGGCUACGAUUUCACUUUCAUGAGGUCUAUUUCUCAAAAUCAAGAUCGAUUAUGGCGUAAGACGCGUUCAGACUACCGCCCAAAAGAGUCAGAAGAUCUAGACGACUCACGAUGUAUUGGCGUUGACUUGAACAGGAAUUGGGAUUAUCACUGGAUGGAGGUCGGCAGCUGCAACAACUCUUGCCGGCAGGUCUACGCCGGGCCUGAGCCUUUUUCUGAGGUGGAAAACAGAGUGGUGCGCGACCUAGUCAUGGGGCUUAGAAGUAAGAUUAAGAUGUAUCUGUCAUUCCACUCGUACGGGCAGCAGUUCCUAUAUCCGUGGGCGUACACCAGCGUCUACCCUGACGACUGGAAGAUGCUGGACAGACUUGCAAGGAAAGCUGUCAGUGCUCUCACAUCUGUCUACGGCACCGGUUUCGAGGUCGGCACCGCCUGCGAAAUCCUCGAUGGAGCCAAAUCAGGAGGCUCAAUAGAUUGGGUUAAGGGCGUGGCCGGCGUGAAGCUCGCCUAUGCAGUGGAGCUGGGCGAAUGCAUGAUACCCAUAGCCUCAGACAUCAUCCUGACCGGCGAGGAGACUUUCCAAGCGUUUCUGGUCCUCGCUAACCAUAUCAAGGAGACAUAUAGUCACUAGCAAGCUAAAUUAGAAAAGUGCUGGUAGUGAUACGAAACAUUCAGUAGCUUAUCAUGUCAAAGGAGAAAAAAGAUAAGAUAUAUUGUGAAA